AUGGUGUCUUUACGUGAGGAUGUUACAAAUGAUACUUCAGACUCUAGUGAAAAGAUUUCAGAUGAAAAAGGACCUGUUGAAAAGAGAACAAUGACUGUGAUUGGGAGGAAUGGCUAUCACGACGCCGUAUACAUGAAUGCAGCUAAGAUUUUCCAAGGCAUUCGUACUGAAAAGCCUAAGGAUAAAAUGUUGGUGCGGUAUGGGGAUGACUCAUUGCCUCCCACACUGACUUUCAAAGAUGACUAUUCCCAGCGUGUAUCCUAUGAACUGGCUUUCAGUGCUCUAAAAUAUCAAGAUCUUCUUGAGGAAGUAUUGUUAGAUAGUGGUGUUUACCCAUGCUACUUCAUACCAGAUGAAUUAACCAGCCUGCUGGUUGUGAUGCUUUAUGACCUACAAGACCGAAAAUUUCAAGCACGAGAGAUUUUGGAUAAAGAAGAACCUGUAGAAGAAGUUAAGAAAGUAGAGCAUUAUUUUGACAGUUUUAAGACCAAGUUGGCAGCUGCACUAGCAAGAUACCGCAUCAAACACGGUGCUCUUUCAAUUGAAUCCUCUCUACCAGAAACCGUACGGAAGCGGGAACAAAGGGCCUCUGCAUUACCUUUAUGUGCUUGGAUAAACACAUUUAAAAUCAGCCUUGAAGAUGUCUUCAGGGAAUUGGAGAAGAAGGGAUUCACAGGAGUUGAAUCUGUGUCAGACUUGGACCAUUACACAUACUGUCUGGACCAAUAUUGCCAGGAUGUAUUGUUUUUUCCUUCCUCUCUUAAAGAAGAACUGUUUAAUUUAGAUCUUUUUGCAGAUUGCAAACUCUUACUGCAGGAUAAGUCUCGCAGCCUUGCUGUACACUCUGCACAGGUGCUGUUGAAUGAAGAUGAUGACAUUCUUGUGGCCCAUGUAGGUUCCUAUCUGACCAUUGCCCAUAUGUCAGUGCUGACAAAUCACAGCACAUCCAAUAUAUUUGUUUGUGGAGUGAAAUCAUCAGCAAAAGCAGAUGAACUGAUGAACUUGUUCCUUCACAUGGGAUGUGAAAAUGUUCAGUUGUUACAUGAAGACUUUAUGGAGAUUGACCCAAGAAACCGGAGACUUAAAAAGGCAAAAGUUAUUUUGUUGCUACCACAGUGCUCUGGACUGGGUGUUGGCAAUCCAAUAGACUUUAUUGUACAUGACCACGGAGAUGCAGGAUUGCUAAGAGACGUUUACCAAGGACGUGUAUCUGAGGAUAAACUCAACAAUCUUGCUCAGAGGCAGCUGAAUGAGUUGAUGCAUGCAAUGAAAUUUGACAAAGUCCAAGCUAUUGUUUACUGCACUUGCUCGGUUUACCCAGAAGAAAAUGAACUAGUAGUGAAAAAAGCACUGAAAUCUGAAGUGGAAGGAAAACAAGCAGAACCAUAUAGGCUUAUUCCUCCUGUUUUUAAUACUUGCUCCGAUUCAAAUACUUCCACUGAGUUGUUUUUCAAAAUGGAGCCAUCAGAAAUUUCCAGUGGCUGUUUUCUGGCUGUUCUGCAAAGAGAGAAAGAUACUUCUGAGAAUGUGUCUGUUAAAGACACUUUGCCUCAUGCUGCAUCAGAAGAACUGCUAGAUGACAUUGUUGUAGAAAACUCAGAGAAAAAAGCAAAAAAGCAACGGAAAGCAAAAAAGCGCAGACGUAAUGUUACCAGUAGGGGCACGGAGCUGAAGACGGCAGAGUUCCUGUACCAUCAAGUUGUAUCCACGAUGAAGGCUGAAGUUUCAGUCUCUAAAGCAGUUGGUGACAUAAAACAAAAGACCAUGAACCAAACAAGUGGCUCGGUUCAGCUGAAGAAGGCGAUCAAGCCUGUUUCAGCCAAAGCUCUGCCUCAAGUGCUGAAGCACACACCUCCUUUGUCACCCGCGGGCAAAGUGACAUAUGAAAGGCAGACACUUGCUAGAAAGGCACACACAGAACGUAGAAAGCUUUCAUUGAAGACUGUGGAAAUUGCUUUUCCUCCAGGGAUAACACCAGACCUAAGUCUGCAAGGAAGUAAACCCAGGGUAUCAAUGCGUCGUUGCUUUCAUUGCUGGGCUGCAGCAAAGGGUGGUAAGGAUACUCCUACAGUCUGUGCUCAGCCAUCCUCGCAGAUGGCUGUAGGCGUCUGCAAAGCUUGUCCCUACCUUUACACAGAAGGAAAUACUUUCCUAUGUAAUAUUAAUAAUUACACUUAG